UAUAGAGAUCACAGUGUAUUGUAGGAGUAUAGGUGUGGGUAGGACUGUCGGGUGUGUUGGCGGUCUCCUCCUCCUCCAUGCAGCCGGCUGAUCUCCGGUCUCCCGGGGCCCCGGUGAUGGUGAUGAGGGUGGCGGAAGCUCGGAGAUUCCCCCAGUAGCGGACGCCUCCUCCUCGGGCUGUGACUUCAUCCUCAGCCCCGGAGCUCCAGAGCCGGCCCGGCCCCACCCUCCUCCGUCCGCUGGAAGAUGAUUGUUUACCUAACGGGCUCGGAUCACGCUAUCAUACUUCGUACAUUUCUACAGUGGGAUCUUCAGAGAUAAGAUCCUCCCAUUUCCCUGCAGAUGAAUCAGGCUAUACCAUAGCUACUUUGGGAGGUGACUGGAUUCUACAAUGAUUUGUAGCAAAACAAAAAAGCUUGAGGAGGAACGUCGAGUCAAAGCGAACGACCGAGACUACAAUGAAAAGUUUAAUUAUGCAAAUAAUGCCAUCAAGACGUCCAAGUAUAAUAUACUUACGUUCCUGCCCAUCAAUUUGUUUGAACAAUUCCAGCGAGUUGCGAAUGCAUAUUUUCUAUUCCUGCUGAUAUUACAGCUGAUUCCCGAAAUUUCUUCCUUGUCAUGGUUUACCACCAUUGUGCCUUUAGUUCUUGUAUUGACCAUCACUGCUGUUAAAGAUGCCACUGAUGACUAUUUCCGUCAUAAGACUGAUAAUCAAGUUAACAAUCGGCAGUCUCAGGUUCUUCUCAGUGGCAGACUACAGAAUGAAAAAUGGAUGAAUGUAAAAGCGGGAGAUAUCAUCAGACUGGAGAAUAAUCAGUUUGUGGUUGCUGACUUGCUCCUCCUCUCAAGCAGUGAACCACAUGGCCUGUGUUACGUGGAAACAGCUGAGCUUGAUGGGGAAACAAAUUUAAAGGUUCGGCAAGCUCUACCAGUGACAGCAGACCUUGGAGAAGAUAUUUCCAGGCUUGCAACGUUUGAUGCGGAAGUCUUGUGUGAACCUCCAAACAACAAGCUUGACAAGUUUAAUGGAACACUAAUCUGGAAAGACUGCAAGUAUUCAUUAAAUAAUGGCAAGAUGCUGUUGAGAGGUUGUGUGCUCAGAAACACUGAAUGGUGCUUUGGAAUGGUCAUCUUUGCAGGGCCAGAUACUAAAUUAAUGCAGAACAGUGGUAAAACUAAAUUUAAAAGAACCAGCAUUGAUCGGCUAAUGAAUACUCUAGUUUUAUGGAUAUUUGGUUUCCUGGUAUGCAUGGGGAUUAUUUUAGCUGUUGGGAAUUCUAUUUGGGAGCACCAUGUGGGCAGUCGUUUCAGAGUCUACUUAUAUUGGGAUGAGGUGGUUAAUAGCGCUAUUUUCUCAGGAUUCCUCACAUUCUGGUCUUACAUCAUCAUACUGAAUACUGUAGUGCCCAUUUCGCUUUAUGUAAGUGUUGAAGUUAUUCGCCUGGGACAUAGUUACUUUAUCAACUGGGACCGUAAAAUGUAUUACUCUAAAAGAGGCACUCCAGCCGAAGCCCGGACCACUACUUUAAAUGAGGAAUUAGGGCAGAUAGAGUAUAUAUUUUCUGACAAAACAGGGACUCUUACUCAGAAUAUAAUGACAUUUAAUAAAUGUUCAAUCAAUGGAAGAUUAUAUGGUCAGGUACGGGAUGAACUGGGUCGAAAAAUGGAAAUUACAGAGAAAACACCACCAGUGGACUUCUCAUUUAAUACACUUGCAGAUAGCAAGUUUCAGUUUUAUGAUCACAGCUUAAUUGAGUCUAUAAAGCUGGAGGAGCCCCAUGUGCAGGAGUUUUUCAGAUUGUUGUCUCUCUGUCAUACCGUCAUGUCUGAAGAAAAAAUUGAAGGGAAACUGAAUUACCAAGUGCAAUCACCGGAUGAAGGUGCAUUAGUUACCGCUGCUCGAAACUUUGGUUUCAUAUUCAAGUCCCGAACGCCUGAGACCGUUACUGUGCAAGAAAUGGGGAGAAUUGUAACAUAUCAACUCUUAGCAAUAUUAGAUUUUAACAAUGUCAGGAAAAGAAUGUCUGUCAUAGUGCGGAACCCAGAAGGACAGAUUAAACUUUAUUGUAAAGGAGCAGACACUAUUUUAUUUGAAAGGCUCCAUGUCAAUAGUGAAGAAUUAAUGUACAUCACGUCAGAUCACCUCAAUGAGUGUGCAGGGGAGGGCCUGCGGACUUUAGCCUUGGCAUAUAAAGACCUCAGUGAAGAUUACUUUAAAUGGUGGCUGAGGAUCCAUCAUGAAGCCAGCAUUGCUUUGGAGAACAGGGAGGAACGGCUGGCAGAUGCUUAUGAACAAAUAGAAAGUGAUAUGAUGCUACUAGGUGCUACUGCAAUAGAAGACAAGCUGCAAGAAGGAGUGACAGAUACUAUUGCUAGUCUCCUGCUGGCCAACAUCAAGCUUUGGAUCCUAACUGGAGACAAGCAAGAAACUGCUAUGAACAUUGGUUACUCUUGCCACAUGCUCACAGAUGACAUGAAUGAUAUUUUUGUAAUCUCUGGUCGCACAGUAACAGAGGUUCGAGAAGAACUGAGGAAAGUUAAAGAAGCAACAUUUGGACAGAGCAGAAGCCUUUUCAAUGGCCACCAAUUCUCUGAGAAAAUGAACGACAUAAAGCUGGAAUCUGUGUAUGAGGAAACUGUAACUAGUGAAUAUGCCUUAAUCAUAAACGGACACAGUCUGGCACAUGCCUUAGAAGCAGACAUGGAGAAAGAUUUCCUGGAGAUCGCAUGUAUGUGCAAGACUGUGAUCUGCUGCAGAGUCACUCCUCUUCAAAAAGCACAAGUGGUGGAACUAGUGAAGAAGUAUAAAAAAGCAGUUACUCUGGCCAUAGGGGAUGGUGCGAAUGAUAUCAGUAUGAUAAAAAGUGCUCAUAUAGGAGUUGGCAUCAGUGGACAAGAGGGCAUGCAAGCAGUGCUGGCCAGUGAUUACUCCUUUUCUCAGUUUAGAUACUUGCAAAGACUUCUUCUAGUUCAUGGUCGCUGGUCCUAUUUCCGAAUGUGCAAAUUCCUCUGCUAUUUCUUCUAUAAAAAUUUUGCCUUUACACUAGUUCAUUUCUGGUUUGGAUUCUUUUGUGGCUUCUCCGCCCAGACAGUCUAUGACCAGUGGUUUAUUACACUUUUCAAUAUUGUAUAUACGUCACUUCCUGUCCUAGCCAUGGGGCUGUUUGAUCAGGAUGUGAAUGAACAGAACUGUAUGGACUACACUAAACUCUAUGAGCCUGGUCAGCUGAAUCUAUUAUUCAACAAGCGAAGAUUUUUUAUAUGUGUAUUGCAUGGGAUUUACACCUCUUUUGCCCUGUUCUUUAUACCUUUUGGUGCAUUUUUUAAUACGGCCGGAGAGGAUGGAAAACACAUAGCAGACUAUCAGUCUUUUGCCGUCACUGUUGCUACAAGCCUGGUAAUAGUGGUCAGCGUCCAGAUUGGCCUGGACACCAGCUACUGGACCGCUAUUAACCAUUUCUAUAUCUGGGGCAGCCUUGCUGUGUACUUUUCUAUCUUAUUUGCCAUGCACGGAGAUGGGAUCUUUGAUAUUUUCCCCAGUCACUUUCCAUUUGUGGGAAAUGCUAGAAAUUCUCUAAGUAACAAAAGCGUUUGGCUUGUGAUAUUCCUGACCACUGUGAUUUGUGUCAUGCCUGUGUUGACUUAUCGAUUCUUGAAAGUAGAUCUGAGUCCUACACUAAGUGAUAAGGUUCGAUAUUUACAGCAGGCUAAGAAGAAACGGAAACCCCUGGCAAACCAUAUGCGCCGGGUACACAGAACUAGUUCCAGAAGAUCAGGUUAUGCUUUCGCUCACCAAGAAGGCUAUGGUGAACUUAUUACAUCUGGUAAAAAUAUGCGUUUAAAUGUCCCCCAAUCCUCUUCAAGCUUAGCAAGAACAAUGCUCAGUGGCAGCACAAGCUGGAUAGAAAAUUUACGAAAGAAAACUGCAGAGAAUUUUAAUACCUUCAGCAGUGACAAAUCUACAAAACUAUGAAGUUUGGAUCUUGACUUUUUUUUAAAAACUUUAAGCUGUGGCCAUAUUUUUGCACUGUGUUUCUCCACACCAAAGGAGAUAAUUUAUGUCUUCUAAAAGUGAUUCAUCUUGAAUUUGCAAAGUUUUGCAUUGUAAAAUCAUUUGACAACAUCAUUAUGCUGUUUAUGAAAAUAAUUUCUUCACACGCACCCCUACCUUUCCAAAUAUUGCUGAAGAGUCCCUGUAACUGAACAUUGGUGGAACACCAUACUGUGAUAAAGAACAAUAACAUGGCACUGUAGACUUAUUGGUUUUGACCAACAGCUGUUUAGACAAAGUUUUUACUGAUUGUCCCAUUCAUUUGGGUUAUGCUCAUAUAUGCAUCACAAUAUUUUGGAAUUUUUUUAAGUUUGUAAAUGUACACUAAUGGUACACCUUUAGCUGGAUUUUUUUUCUUUUGUAAAAUGAUUGUUAUACGUUUUAUUCCAAGUAUCUAGCAUACUCCAGAGAAGUAUCUUAAAUGUUUCAGACCUAUAAAAAUGUUAUACUUUUUGGAUGCAAGGUGAUAUUCUUCUCCCAGUCAAUAACAAAUUUAAAAUGUAUUUCUAUAAAGCCGAAUCCUUAGUUUAUAGCUGACAUAGGAGGAUUUCCCUAGAAACAGAAGAGUUAUGUAUUUUCUGUAGCUUCUGUAGCUGCCUAUUGUAUUCGUAUGUAAAAUAGAUAUCCCUUUAGAGAGCAAUAUAUAUCUUUGGUAUGGCCAGUGCUUAGUGUGCACUUAAAUAUAAAAGUAUACAUUUCAGGUUUGUUCCAGGUAGGAAAAAAAACAUUCCUUAUAAUACAGGAUGAAUGUCUAUUUUACAUUUCAGCCUUUUAAGCAUUAUGAAUGUAAGAACUGGUGCCGUAAAUACGUUAGGUGUUUUAGUGGCUUAGGUUGAGCUGAAUUUUUGUAGAACUAAGGACUUAACUGCUCUUUAUUUUGAUGUCUAUUCCUUCUUAGUAGGGGAGAGGACUUACAUAGACACCAAUGAUCUCAGUGAAAUAACAGAAUUCAUCUACUCAGCCUUUGACAGAUAUUCGAUAAUGGCCAAAUAUGUAAAGUAGUGUAUUUCUUCCUUCCUAAAGAGGAGGUCCAGCCCCCCCUAAUAAAAAAACGUCAGUUACAAAUACUGCAACUGCUGACAUUUAAUAUUAGGACACUUACCUUGUCCAGGGAGGCUGCGAUCUUUGAAUCGGCUGCCGGGUGCAGCUGCUACGCUUUCUAAUUGGUCCGAUGGCGGAGGAAGGAGGAGGGGCCAAACUUCCGAGAGAUGGCGCCGUGGCCCUGUGUCCCGGAAGUGGGGAAUGGUACCUGUCUAAAACAGGUACCUAUCCCCCCCCCCCUGAAAGGUGCCAAAUCUGGCACUGGGAGGGAGGAGACAGAUGUGUGGAAGUUCCACUUUUGAGUGUAACUCCGCUUUAACAUCUCUUUUUGUCUGGUGUGCAUUAGGAUAGUUGGUCAGAUACUGCAUAGCAAUUAAUCGUUUAUGCAAAGCCCUCUACCCCUCCUCCAGUUUGGGAGGUAAAAUGCAAUGAAACGAGCAUGUAUACAUAACCUCUCAUGGUACAAAUACUUUUACUUGCUGUAAGAUAAAACAAAGAUCUUUAACUUCUUGGCUUGAAUUUUGUUCUGAUAUCUCAACUUCUGUUGUCUGAUUAGCAUUUAUAGUUGUAGAUUGACUUUAUGUGCACUUUGAAUUUCUGGAUUACCUGUGAAUUUGUACCAAUGAAGCCAUGUACUCAGGGGAGAUAUCCAUUUAUACAAUUUUACAGCUCUGUUCAAACUUCCCAUCCUAUCUGUUCUCAUAAACACAAGAGUGCACUAGACAACUACAUCGCCAGCCUUACAUCUAUCCAAUCUAAGAAUCUGUACCAAGUAGACUAUUAUAAUCUUCACCAUUUAGGCAUGGUUGAGAUUUGAAUCUCAACGUUACUAAUGAUACUUAUACCUGUAGGUUUUAGCCCUUUUCUAACCACCCAUAUUAAUAUCUCAUUUGUGGAGCACCUACACACAUUAUGAAUAGUGUACAAAUCACCUGCUGUAGGCCUAUACCCCCAAUACUCAUUGUAGCACUACAUUCAGGAUAUCAUUAUCGUAAACAGCACUCACAUAGUGAUCACAUUACAAAGCUAACGCAAUACAUUUUUUUCUAGUCCUAAAAGAGUGAAAAAAUAAGGACAAGAAACGAUUAAAGGCCAUGUGAUAAAUUAUUCUUCAGCUCCUACAUUUAUGAAGAACCUAGGCAAUGAGAUCUCCUAGUUGGAAUUCCCUGCCCUGCCCUCGAGGUCAAGUAAGAAAGUUUUGGUUCCCAUGCUGCUUUCUUUGUAAUAUAAAAUAAAUUGCAAGUCCGGUGGUGACCUCCUUAUAAUUGCUACCACACAUUGAUGGAAGCCAGAGUUGCUGAAGUCACCAAAUAAUACCAGUGGGAUGAUUCAGCCUGACAGCAUAAAUCCAAAAUGUAAAUAUCAGUCUCAGGUGAACCGAUCCUAUAAAAAAUACUAAGAGGAGAAUGGCUUUUUAGCAUUGAACCAUUUCCAUUUAUGUUGUGUUCUUCACUUUUGCCUUUUUGUUCCUUUACUCAAAUGUGCUCUAUUGAACCCUCUAGCUUUGGAUCCUGUUCUCGGGCUGACUACGUAUGUAUUCAGGAUGCUCUAGAGGCAGAAUAAUAAUCCUACUCAUAGUACAUCCCACUUAGGAAACGUGGGAUCCUAGAGUAACGUCGUCGUCGGUAAUUUAGCUAAAACAGCGGCAAAAGCUCAUCCUGCAAGACACCAAAGUAAUUAUCUUUCCAGUCAGAUCUCCAAAACUUGUUAUGCUUUGUUUAUUUGCAUACUAGAAAGAGGGUGUUGUCUUUCACUUUUUCACCCUAGGAUUGUUAACCAUCUGCUCCAGCUAUGCACAAACACCUGGAUCUGCAAUACAUUUGGGCAAGAACUGACUCUGAAUGGUCCAGUUCAUAUAAAACAAAGUAACUGAUUAUUCUUAUGUUGUGCUACGUCAAACCACAUCUUUUUAUUGCUUGCAAUGUUUGGUUGCUAGACGACAGCUGAAAAAUCCUUAUUAUGCUGGGAAACAAAUAAGCUUUAUUACGUUGAACAGUUUGUACUGUCUUUGACUUGUUUGCUUAUUGUCUUUAUUUUGUUUUAAUGUUUGGAAAACACAAUCCUGAUAGGGUAUGCUAUGUUUUGUAUUUACAGAAGCAAAAAUGCUAUUUGAGGUAUAAAUAUAUGUAUACAGUAAAUAUAUAUUUAGAAUUGUCAAGCUUUAUUAUUUUGGGUACUUGUAUAGAUUAGUUUAGAUUUCUAUAAAUCGUAUGGCUUUUGUUUUGUGCAAUAGAGACAUUUACAAAUCUGUCUGUGCGCAUGAUGUCAUACCAAAGAGUUUGCGCUCUUUUGUAAUAUUAUAAGGUUUACAUAUGUACAUAGUGUUCCAUAAUUUAUUCAAGCUCUUUAUAUACAAAAUAUUUUCUAUAAAUAUACAGUUUCUAAGUA